AUGGCUACUCAAGAUGAGCUUCGUGAUGCUGAUUUGAUCGUUGCCGCUCCUGAUGCUGUUAUUCGAGGCCUUUCGCCGACUCGUUCGUUCGCCUCGGAUUCGACAAGUCGUCUCGAUCCUGCAACCUUGAUCAGCAAACGUUCCCAUCAUCGAAGAAAUUUCACCCGCAACGUGAAUAAAGUCAAGAUGGUGAUUCACGAGACAGGUCCUUCCAUCUACUCAAACGAUCUCAUCACGAAGGCCAACGAUCAUUAUGAGCAAUGUAUGUAUUACCAUCAUCGUUAUUGUGCAAAAUUGGGUGUCACCGACGACACUUGGUUGGAGAAUUUGCGUCAUGAUUAUAAUACGGCUCAUGAAGAAUUUGCCACAGCCCGUCGCCCCGGCCAUGAUACCGAACAACCAGCGCCUAGAGCAACGACCCGCACGAGAGCUCAAGUUCGCCCCGGUUCUGUCGAGUCAACCCGUCAACCCGAGUUCGUCCCGCUGGAUGUGCCCGUCAGCACAUCUCGCCCCGGUGUGGUUGAGUCGACCCGUAAACCCGAAUCUGCCUCGCGGGGUGUGCCUACCAGUACAUCCCACCGUUCCCGUGAGGAAGAUGUCUCUCGCACCGAAGUGGUUGUCGAUCCCGUUAGUGACAGUCAUCAUCAGGCCGAGGGUAGCCGCCCGUCUUCUUUGGCCAGCUCCAGGUCUUCGGUUGCCGCCAGCAUUUCGUCUUCUCAUCGUUCGCGGAGCUCUACCCUUUCGGCUCUGACUAGAGAACGCCUUGCUGCCGAACUCGACCUUGAACUUGCACGCAAGCGGCGAGAAGAAGAAAAGAAUGAAAAUGACCUUCUGGACGAGCUAGCCCGUAAGUUACGUGAGGAGAAGAUUCGUAUCGGGGCCAAACGAAAGGAACGGAAAAUCGAGGAAGAAAUCGCACGUCUUCGUAUGAACGAGAAGUUGUCAAAGAGGUCUGUUCGUUCGCCUUCGCCGACCUCCUUGAGUUCUUACAGUGAACCAGAUGACGAUAUCCAUAUUCCGUUGCCGAAGAGUAAGCCUCGUGACAAAGUGUUGCUUCCCACCGGGCCAUCCGACAAGAGCGCAGAUAGCUGGAUCGACGAUCUGGAACAGAAACCGACGGCCUUACCCGCUGCAACGCCCAUGCCUUGGAUGUUUGGAGGUUCGGCCCCGUUCACGUGUAGGACACCGUUUGAUGGCGACCCUCGAGAUUGGCUUCUCUUUGCCUCAAGAUUUCGAGCCCUCGUCCACGACGUCAUUCCGAACGAUGCCCAGCGUUUGGCCAUUCUUACCGAGUGGGUUGGCCCUAGCGUUUUUCGCCGCAUCUCGCCAUUGUUAAAGGCUCCUCGUGGGUACACUGCAGUUCUUGCCUAUCUUAAGAAGCACUACGGUUCGAGCGAGCAGAUCGCUCGCUGUCAAAUACACGAUCUUCUUAGUCUUCCCUUCGUCAAGCCGGGUGAUCGCCAGGCGCUUGAAAAUUUUUCUGAUCAGCUGCACGGAGCUGUUGUGGUGUUGGAACAAGGGGGAUUGGAGCACGAUCUUAAGAGUGCUGCUAAUCUUGAUCAGGCAGUACAGAAGCUGCCACCUGUCUUUCGCCAUCGCUGGGCCCGUUACGCACGUAAGCGCUUACCGAAAGGUGUCGACCUCAGCGACUUGGAUCGGUUUAUGGAAGAGGUCGUGGAAGAGGAGCGGAUGGCUCGUUCAGCAUUCGAGUUGGCGCCUAAGGUUGAUGUUCGUGAAAAGCGUGUUACGUUUCCCAAGCCAGCCGUUGAAAAGCACCCUUCAAGCAGACCUGCAAUUCUGAAACCGCCACCCGUUCGGCCACCCCCUACCAUCUUAGCCACCCAAGUAGCGAAAGACGUAGAUGUCGAGUGUCCAGGCUGCGGCGGCGCUCAUCGACUUGUUUCUUGCCCCGAGUUACAGAGGAAGUCACCGAGUGAACGAGCGCUGGUGGCGAAGGAGAAAGGCGUAUGUUUCAACUGUCUUGGAGGAAAGCACCGCAGUGCGGAUUGUCGUUCAAAACCCGCUUGUGAAUCCACGGGAUGCCGUGCACGUCAUCAUUCGCUGUUGCAUGGUGCGGAGAGAGUUUUUCCUGAGAAAAGCACACCUCGUCAGUUCCCGUCAUCCGCCGGAGGCCAAGAAUGUUUUCAAGGACCUCAAACACUCGCCAUUGCUCCCCGCCUGACAUCUGAUGUUCUCUUGGCCGUGGUUCCCGUCCGACUUCGUGCGGGUUGCCGGACUCUUGACGUUUUCGCUCUGCUCGACACCGGGAGCCAAGCUACCCUUUUGCGUGAAGACGCGGCUAAUGCGCUUGGUCUUACGGGCCGGCCACGCAAAAUUCGUUUUGGAACCUUCCAUGGGAACGAUCCGGUCGUCGAGACUCGUCUUGUGGGCUUCUCCGUUUCGUCGCUAGAGGGAGACCAAAGCUACAAGGUUUCCGACGCCUUUGUUGUGCCUCGUCUAAAUGUUGGGCAACGCAAGAUAAAAGAUGUUCUCGCUUCGUUCGAUUAUCUUCGUGACCUCAACUUUCCUGCUCGAGACGCUGGUGAAGUCCAGAUUUUGAUCGGGAUGGACGUUCAAGACGCCCAUCUAAACAUCGAGGUUCGUCGCCCUCCAUCUGGAGUUCGGGGCCCUAAUGCUGUGCUCACCCCAUUUGGCUGGUGCGUUGUUGGGAGGACCUAUCCAUUACCGGCAGUGGAAGAUCCAAGCAUAAAUUUCGUUAAGCUGGGAACGAUCGAGCAGCUGGAAGAGUGCGUCGAGAGGUUUUGGAAAACCCAAUCUCUCCCAGUUCGUGAUGCCCCCAGUACAUUUAUGUCGUCGUCAGACCGUGCCGCAAUGGACCAACUCGAGUCGACCAUUCGGCACACUGGAACGCGUUACGAAGUAGGUUUGCCCGUUCGCCCGCAUUGCCCGAAGUUGCCGGACAACAAAGAGUUUGCACGUCGCAAGUUCUUCGCACUGGAGAGGAGACUUCUUUUACACAACGACCUUCGCCAAGCAGUUACGGCGCAGAUGAAGGAGGUGUUUUGCAGCGGCCACGCAGUGAAAGUCACUUCUACAGCUCCCGGUUCCAAGGUGUGGUUCCUACCUUAUCAUCCGGUUCGACAUCCAACGAAGCCCAGCAAGAUCCGUCUCGUUUACGACGCUGCUGCCCGGUUUAAAGGAACCGCGAUCAACGACAUCCUGCUGAAAGGUCCGGAUCUCACCACGCAGUUAUUGGCCGUGCUGCUUCGCUUCCGUGAAAGGAGAAUUGGCGUUACUGCGGACAUUGCGAAAAUGUUUUAUCAAGUGCUGGUUCGUGAGUCAGAUUGCACGAUGUUUCGUUUUUUGUGGCGCGAGCCUGGAACCGAAGAUCCUAUCCAGGAAUUCCAGAUGACGGUGCACAUUUUCGGUGCUGUCUCAUCGCCAACGGUUUGCAGCUUUGCCCUUCAGCGCCUCGAAAAGGAUGCGCCCGAACACCUGAAGGAAGUCGCGAGGCGUAUUCGUUCCAGCUUUUAUGUGGACAACCUGUUGUCGUCGUUCGACGAAGUGGAUGAAGGCGUUUCCAUCAGUCAGAAGCUGGUUGAACUACUCAAGCUCGGUGGUUUCGACCUCGUCCAGUUUCUGAGCUCUUCGCGUUCGUUGUUGGACCAACUUCCGUCUUCCUCUCGUCUGGUUCCCGAGCUCGACCUAGAUUUCGACGAUUUGCCCACCGAGCGCACGUUGGGGUAUCUGUGGAGUUGUGAGCGAGACGAGUUCGUUUUCCGUUUUAAAAAGACAGAAGAGGCCUUUUCAAAACGCUCGAUUCUUUCGGCAAUUUCGAGCAUCUAUGAUCCUCUUGGUCUCCUAGCACCCGUCGUUUUGGUGGCGAAAAUCAUCCUUCAGGACAUCUGGCGACUCAAAGGUGGCUGGGAUGAGAUUCUGCCCGCCGAUAUUCUGAAUCGUUGGGGGCGCUUUGUGGAACAUCUGCCGAUGCUCGAACUGCUGAACAUCCCGAGAAGUUUCUUGACUAAGCCCCAGUCGGCGUAUCGUUCUUUUCAGUUGCACGCUUUUUCGGACGCAUCGAAAGACGGUUUCGGUGUUGUAAUUUAUCUUCGAGCUGAAACCUCUGGCGAGGUCGAAGUCUCUUUCGCAAUGGCCAAAGUGAGAGUUGCUCCCAUCCAUCAGCUUUCGAUUCCGAAGAUGGAGCUUCAAGGUGCUUUGCUAGCAGUCAGGUUAGCAAACUAUCUGUUGAAGGAGCUGACUCUGCCCAUAUCGAAUGUGUUUUUCUGGGUUGAUGCGAUGACUGUUGUUCGGUGGAUCCACGCCAGCCAUCGUCGUUACAACGUGUUUGUCGCGAACAGAAUAGCUGAGAUCCUGGAUUCAACGACCCCUUCGCAAUGGAGACAUGUUCCUGGUGCACUUAACCCAGCAGACGAAUGCAGUCGUGGUCUCUGUCCGUCCGAGCUCGAUCCAAAUCAUCGCUGGUACCGUGGACCUGAGUUUCUAGUUUUGCCACCCGAGCAAUGGCCGGCCCAGAUUCCAGCUACUGAAUUGAUCGACCACGAAGACGAGUCUAUUGGCUGUUUCCUAAUCGCCAAUCCUAGCGGGCCAGUAGAUGACGUUGUGGCACGAGCCGAUAAUCUACAUCGCCUAAUUCGCAUCGCCGCUUGGAUUGAAAGAUUCGUUCGCAACAUCCAGAUCCUCGUUCAUCGGAGACGUGCCAGAGAAAGGUCUAUUCUGGAUGGCAAUCAUGAAGAAGCAGCGACCGGACAAAGUGAGCAGUUGAAAACGGGCCGGCAGCAGAGUGCGGACGAGCUGAAGUCAGCCCGUCGCCUUUUAAUUCGCGUUUCACAGCGCGACUCCUUCCCUGACGAUUUAAGCAGUUUGCGGAAGGCGAAGUCCGUUCGCCCGGAGUCUAGGUUGCUGAAACUGUCCGUUUAUCUAGAUGACGCCGGAAUCAUUCGUGUUGGUGGCCGCCUUGAAAACGCCCCCAUCAGCGCUGAAGCCCGUCAUCCUGCCGUUCUGGAACCCAAGCAUCCGCUCACCCGAUUGUUCAUACGCUGGGCGCAUAUUUCCGUGGCUCAUGGACGAGCUGAUCGCACCCUUGCGGAAGUUCGUGCUCGCUACUGGGUUUUGAAAGGACGCGAAGCAACAAAGUCGGUCAUCACGACUUGCCUGUAUUGUUCCCGCAUGAGAGCCAAGCCGUUUCAGCCGAUGAUGGCCCCACUUCCAGCGGAGCGGGUCCAACCGUUCAGCCCUCCAUUUACCCGUAUUGGAGUGGACUACCUCGGUCCUUUCCCUAUUUCAAUUGGCCGGCGAACAGAAAAUCGUUGGAUUGCUCUUUUUACCUGCCUCUCCACCCGUGCUAUCCACCUCGAAAUUACCCCGUCGAUGGAUGUGGAUUCCUUUUUAAUGGCUUUUACCCGUUUCGUCAGUCGUCGGGGUGCCCCGACCGAUGUUUUUAGCGACAACGGUACCAAUCUGACUGCAGGAGAGCGUGAGCUGCGUGAGGCGGUUACCCGCCUUAACGACGUGAAAAUCGCUGACCAACUUGCUCGGAAAGAAAUUCGUUGGCACUUCUCCCCGCCUGCUGCCCCGCACUUCGGAGGUGUCUGGGAGCGUCUGGUUCGCUCGUGCAAGGAGGCCCUGCGCGCUAUCCUCGGUCAGCAGACGGUGAAGGAGGAAACCUUUGCAACGGUCGUCAUCGAAGUUGAGGGCCUACUCAACAAUCGACCGUUGACGGAUCUAGGUGCGGACCCGCAAGAAUUCGAGCCGUUAACCCCGAAUCAUUUUUUGUUGGGGCGCCCCAAUCCCCACUUGCCCGCUGACGUCAUCGACCCGGAAAUCAAAUGUCUUCGCCGAAGAUGGUUUCACGCACAGCAAAUCGUGGAUCAGGUGUGGAGCCGAUGGUUAAGGGAAUACCUGCCGACCCUCACGACCCGCAACAAAUGGACCCGAUCGCAAAACAACUUGGAGGUGAACGACAUGGUGCUUAUGGUGGAUCCAAAGUCGCCGCGCGGACACUGGCCAAUUUGUCGUGUUGCGAAAGUUUUACCUGGCUCUGAUGGUGUAGUACGCGCGGCCGAAAUCGUUACGAAGUCCGGCAAGACCUACACCCGCCCAGUUGUGCGAUUAUGUCGCUUGGAAGCCUUGAGUGCUGCUUAA